AUGAUCAAACAUUAUAAAAGCUGCAUUAAGAGAUCGAGAUUUCUGGCAGCUUUCCUCUAUCCUUACUCUACUAAUAUUCUAACUCUAAGCUGCUCAUGUGUUUAUACUGGAACAAAGGACGAUACUCCUAAUGAGCUUAUUAUCAGACAGUUUCAAGAAUUCUUAUAUCCUCUUGAUCAGGAAGAUUAUGUGAGCUUCUACACGGAUGGUUCUAGAUUUGACUUGGAGGACUAUAUCGGAACAGGUAUCUACGCACCAUCUCUGAACCUGGAGAUUGCACAUCGCCUACCAUCUGGCACUUCGGUCUUCACAGCCGAAGCUUGGGCCCUUCUGAUGACAAUCAAGAUCAUAUGCAACAGAAAUAUUUCUAAAGCUGUCAUUUUUUCUGACUCUAGAAGUGUCUUGGAUUCGCUUGCGUCUACUCGGUCUGAUUUGGGCAACUACUUGAUUUACGCCAUUAAGUACCAGUUUUCUCAAGCUACUAGCAAAAAUCUCAAUAUCAAGCUUGUAUGGAUACCUUCACACAAAGGCAUUUCUGGCAAUGAGAGAACUGACGAACUGGCCAAACUUGGGGCUGCCCGGGGGGACAGAUGGGGUCGACCUGGAUAUCCCAUAUUCGGAUUUAUUAUCCGAAGCUAG